AUGAUUAAAUCUCCAAGGGAAUGGCCUUUCAACUGGAAUCAUGGGCUGAUUGCAUUAACACAGAGCGAGCCAGCGGUUCCCACGUUGACUGCAGGACAUCACAGGGUCAUCCAACCGUCGAGACCAAAAGCAACUUUUGUCAAGUCAGAGUUGAUGUAUCCCCCAAAUAAGGUAGAACAAGUGAUCAAGCGUAGAAGGCUAGCAGGAAAACAACAUGUUGGUCCAUGCCUAGAGGAUUGUCAGGAAGUUUUAAAUCGGAUCAGCCGCAUGAUGCCUCGUGUUGGAAAAAGGGAAAUCACUGAGAGUGAUAUCCUGCAGCCUAUCCAGCAGAUGUUCUCCGACAAAGUGGUGGUCAGCGUAGUGGCAUGCCGAGGCACGGACAGAACAAUGGGCCCACCAUCCAAUCUCCAUGCACAUGAAGCCCCAUUUCGGAAAACAUUAAUGAUCCUCAGACCGUCCAGUCAAGUCGCCCAUGAAGUAAAUUGGGAAAGAUGGACCCAGUUAUCUCAUAGGCAAUUGAUUCGACCAGCGCAUCCGUGCCGCCUAAAUGUCACUGUGUUUGCAAGAGACCGUGAAGCAACCGCCAGAGCCGAACAACCUGCUGACCCGCCAGCCGAUGCUGCAGGGCCAAUGGAAGGCCACGAUUGCAGCAGCAGCUCGCAUGAAAUUCGAAGUGCAUCCCUGAGCCAAUCACCGCACCACGAAAUCAAUGUUGAUCCGAUGGACGCUGAAACGCGACCAAACAGCACUGAGGUGACCCCAGACAUCAGUGAUGAAAGUGAAAGCACAUCAGAAUCGAGUCAACAGCCUGACCAAGAACCCGAAACCAUCAGCCAUGAUUCAUCACAUGCCAGUUUGGAGAAUGACAAUGAGGUCACUGAAGAAAUUCAACAGCUGUUGUGUUGUGAAUCUGCAGAUGCUUUUGCCGAAUGCUCUGAGCAAGGCUUCGCCUUUAGAUGUGAGUUUGAUGUGCCGAUUCCAGCGUCCCACCAAGAGUCCGAUCUGACCAAUGCAGAUCCCUGGAUAUUCCUGGUAUCAGACUUGGUGCAGUGGAAGCUGAAAAGCAAGCUUUGGGAGCGUCCUGCAGGUUUGGAAAGGGGAGACUGGCAUAGGCCCAUCCAGCAGCCGAAGCUGCGAAAGCAGCAGCAGAGGCAAUGGAAGAUCCUGCCGAAGCUGCAGAAGCUGCUGAGGCCUCAAGAUCUCCCACCUCCACUCGACACGGAUCCGCCCGAGCAGAGUUUGGUCGGCCGUGGCACUAUGGAAUCAAUGGAGGAGAAGGUGUUGGCCGAAAUGGCAGACCUUCGUCGCUUCAUUGGAGACCACUUUGAAAAACAACAAGCGCUACUGAUGGGCCUUAGCGGUGUGAAAACACCCAAGCAGCUCUGGCCCUUUGUGGCCAAAGGGGACGUCACGAGCAGCCCCUGCGACCUUUCCAUGGACGAGAUCCCCAUCGAAGUCUACAACGGCAUUGCGCCGCAGCCGACCAAGGCGGCGCUUGAAGUCGAGGAGGAGGGCAUCUUAUUCAAAAGCCCCGAGAUGGAAGCUGCUCUACAGCUGGGCAGUCGCAAUUCCGUCAGCAGCGAUCCCAUGACAGGCUCCAUGAUGGAAGCUGCUCUACAGCUGGGCAGUCGCAAUUCCGUCAGCAGCGAUCCCAUGACAGGCUCCAUGAACGGCGAGUUAUCGGAGAGCCUCCGAAGCUCCGAUACCUUCGUGAAUUAUACUUUGAAAAACUUUGAGAAGAAGGCGCAAAGUGCGGCUGAACUUUUGAAGCAAAAGCGGAGAUGCUCCAUGGUGACUCAGAUGGACAGGGACUCGUCCGCGAGGUCCGUUGCGAAGCUAAUUGUGAAGUCACCAUUUUUUGCCUAUGCCGUGACAAGCAUCAUCACCUUCAACUUGAUCAUCCUGGGUAUAGAAGUGGAUGUCUCGACCAAAUUGGGGCAAGAGGAUAUUCCCGAGUGGUUCGGCAUUUGCAACCUCAUCGUUGUGAUUCUCUUUACUCUCGAGAUGAGUAUCAGUUUGUUCGCACAAGGAUGCGGCGUGUUCUUUUGCGGCCGCGAAAGGUGGUGGAAUCUGUUCGAUCUGCUGAUCAUCAUCGUGUCCGUACUGGAGACGAUCCUGGAUUUUUGGGCAACCUCCGAGUCCAGCCAGCACGUCAGCGCCUCGCAGCUGCGCUUCGUCCGCACGGUGCGCUUGGCCCGGGCCCUGCGGGGCAUCCGGGUGAUGCGGCUGCUGCGCUACGUGAGUGCCUUAAGGACCCUGGUGCUAUCAAUCAUGAGUAGCAUGGCCUCUCUCUUGUGGACGCUGGUCCUGCUGAUGCUGCUGUUCUACUCCUUUGGAGUGCUGUUCACUCAGCUGGUCUCCGACGAGUGCCGUUUCCAAAGCAUUGUGAACACGCAAGAUCACAAUGCGGUGCCUCGCUGUGAAGACGAGUCCAGUGAGUACUGGUCCUCCAUCAACGAGAGCAUGCUGACUUUGUUCAUGUCCAUCACCGGUGGCGUGGAUUGGGAGAUCGCGCUGAAACCGCUGCGAAGGAUCUCCAUCCUGGCCGUGAUAUGCUUGGUGCUCUACAUUACAGUCACAUUUUUCGCGAUCGUCAACGUCAUCACUGGCGUCUUCGUCACGACGGCGAUGGAGACCACCUCUGCGGAUAAGGACCUGGUGGUCAUGAAGCAGCUGCAGAAACGCAACACGCAGGUGGGAAUAUCAAUAUGA